AUGGCCGAGAUCGACCAGGAUACCUCCAAAAUGUAUGCUCAACGAGCCCAGUCAUGGGCCAAGAUGCUGGCCGCACUCUGUGAUAAGAGCUUCACAACUCGUUCAUUCAAGCUUGGCAAGCCAUCUGGCAACAAGUUCACCUAUCCCAUUCACAAGCGCCGUACCGAGGAGAAUGUCGUGGCGCUACGCCAGGCUGAACACAACCUGGACGCCUUCUGGGCUAGCAUUGACCAGCUCAUGGUCGCCAAAGCCGGCGACUUGCGCAACACCGCAGUACGAAAUAUUCUCUCCCAGUCACGAAUCCUCCAGCGGACUCCAGAAUGGACCAAGCCCGAAAAAGCUUCGCCCGCAGCACCCGUGCCGAAAUCAGGCGAAUCUGAUCAUUAUGCCCUGUAUCUGCCAGUCUCGAAGGUCUAUUCUGGCAUCUCCCCCCGGCAACUGGACGUUGCGCCGCCGAAGCAGAAGACCAAAACGCGCGGAAAGCCCAGUCCUGCCUUUGCAGCAGAUACAGAAGCCGAAAACCUGCAUGAACAAACCCCAUUUGAUACCCAGCCCACAUUCCCCGUAAAUGCGCGUGCUCUGAAAGUGUUCCGCACCAUCUUCUUCAGCCCUGCUACGACUUCCACCCCUGGCGAGGUUCCAUGGAAUGAUUUCCUCCACGCAAUGAUUUUGGUCGGGUUCGCUGCCACCAAGCUGUAUGGUUCGGUUUGGCAAUUCCAGCCCACGAAGUUAGAUGUUGAGAGGAGCAUUCAAUUCCACGAACCACACCCGCGAGGCAAAGUGCCUUUUACCACCGCUCGGCGGUUUGGCCGCAGGCCGAACAGGGCGUAUGGCUGA